AUGUCCGAGGAGAACCCCCGAGAGUGCGCGGAGCCUGUGGAGCCUGCGGCCCAGGCACCCCUGGAGAAAACCAGCGACUACUACCACGUAAAGGAGGACCUGCCGGUCAGGUUCAACAACCCGGCGUGGUUCCGUGGCUACAGGACCAAGGAACCCGCCUCGGUGUACAGGACCAGUAACCAAACUUACGGGAGCAGAGCCCCCACUGUGCAUGAGAUGCCGAAAGUAUUCUAUGCAAAUUCAAAUCAAUUUUCCAGACAACUAGCAGCUGCUGGAAUGUUCCAGAACAAUUCUUUCAACGUCUGCAUGGAGAAGAGCAUCGUGACGGGUGCUGACAACUAUAUCACCUCAUACGACCGGCUGAACUUCCACCCCAGCUACAACGUCAGCAGGCCAUCCAUCUGCAACGAUUGAAGUGCUGGUGAACCUCCCCUCCAGCCAGGGCUCCCCGGCUCCAGUGGAAGCGACCUGGAGAAUUGUCACCCCCCCACCUUUGAUAACUUGCCCAAUGGUGAAAGUACUAAAUUCACUGCUUUCCCUCAAAAUAUGUUUCCUCUCUAGAUUAGAAAAACAGGGUUGUGAUGUCCUACUUUCCCAUCUUACAUCUGAGAUGGAGCGGAUGCUACCCUGACUUUGUAUUAAAAUGUUGCCACAUCCUG